GCCGCUGCAAGGGGCGGGGCUUAAGCCCUAACCUGCCUGAGAAGCAUCACGACGCCGGGAAGGUCGGUGGAUGGAGAGCCUGAGCCAUGGAGUACAUCCGCAUGCCCAAGGUGGAAAAUGUCCGCUUAAUUGAUGGUAUUUCAUCCAAAAGAGCUGCGCCAGGGACUCUGUACUUAACAGCCACACAUGUCAUCUUUGUGGAAAAUGAAUCCGAUGCUCGAAAGGAAACAUGGAUUCUUCACAGUCAGAUCUCCUCGAUUGAGAAACAGGCUACAACAGCCACCGGUUGCCCAUUGCUGAUUCGUUGCAAGAAUUUCCAAAACAUUCAGUUCGUUAUGCCCCAGGAAAGAGAUUGCCAUGAUGUUUAUAUCUCUUUAAUACGUCUGGCACGUCCAGUGAAAUAUGAAGAGUUGUACUGUUUUUCUUUCAACCCCAAAUUAAACAAAGAAGAGCGAGAACAAGGCUGGAAUUUGACAAAUAUGAAAGAAGAAUAUAAUCGGAUGGGGGUUCCCAAUAAUUACUGGCAGAUCAGUGAUGUCAACAGAGACUAUCGAAUAUGUGACUCUUAUCCCACUGAAAUCUAUGUGCCUAAAUCAGCCACUGCCCAUAUCAUUGUGGGAAGCUCUAAAUUCCGCAGCAGAAGGCGUUUCCCAGCACUCUCCUAUUACUACAAGCAGAAUAAUGCAUCCAUAUGCAGGAGCAGCCAGCCUCUCUCAGGCUUCAGCGCUCGAUGUCUUGAAGAUGAACAGAUGCUACAGUCCAUCAGAAAGGCCAAUCCAGGGAGCGAUUUCAUCUAUGUUGUUGACACACGGCCCAAACUCAAUGCAAUGGCAAACAGAGCAGCUGGGAAAGGAUACGAAAAUGAGGACAAUUACUCAAACAUCAAGUUUCAGUUCAUUGGUAUUGAGAACAUCCAUGUCAUGAGAAGCAGCCUCCAAAAAAUGCUCGAAGUUUGCGAGCUGAGAGCUCCUUCAAUGAGCGACUUCCUCUGGGGGCUGGAGAAUUCAGGCUGGCUGAAACACAUCAAAGCAAUCAUGGACGCAGGCAUCUUUAUCGCAAAGGCUGUAGCGGAAGAAGGCGUCAGUGUUCUUGUUCAUUGUUCUGAUGGAUGGGAUCGAACAGCUCAGGUUUGCUCUGUAGCAAGCCUUCUCUUGGAUCCAUAUUACCGAACUAUGAAGGGGUUUAUGGUAUUAAUUGACAAAGACUGGGUUUCAUUUGGACAUAAAUUCAAUCAUAGGUAUGGCAAUUUAGAUGGAGACCCAAAGGAGAUAUCGCCUGUCAUCGAUCAGUUCAUUGAAUGUGUUUGGCAGCUUAUGGAACAAUUUCCGUGUGCCUUUGAAUUCAACGAAAGUUUUCUGAUCCAUAUACAGCAUCAUAUCUAUUCCUGCCAAUUUGGGAACUUCCUGUGUAACAGUCAGAAGGAGAGGCAAGAGCUGAAGAUCCAAGAGCGAACUUACUCACUUUGGGCUCACUUGUGGAAGAAUCGUGCCGAUUACAUGAAUCCCCUAUAUAGAGAAAACCACAACAGGACCCUGCAUCCAAAGUCUGCCCCCUGCCAUUUUAUCUACAAGUUUUGGAGUGGAAUGUAUAACCGCUUUGAAAAAGGAUUUCACCCUCGUCAGUCUGUUACUGAGUACUUGAUGGCCGUGAAAGAAGAAACACAACAGUUAGAGGAAGAGUUGGUGGUGCUAGAAGAGAGGUUGGCAAAGCUUACAAAAGUGCAAUUUAAAAAUGGCGAGAUCAUGGCAAUGCAACAAAAUGGAAGCAAUGGCUUUGGACACUCUACCUCCAACGACAGCAUCGCCAACACUCCCCAGGACUAUACUGGCAAUCUGAAAUCAUUCCCAUCCCGGAGCACUUCUCAGGGAGACGAAGACUCGGCCCUGAUUCUUACACAAGAUAACCUGAAAAGCUCAGAUCCAGAUCUUUCAGCCAACAGCGACCAGGAAUCAGGGGUGGAGGAUAUGAGCUGUCGGUCACCCAGUGGAGGGGGAUGUUUGCCCAGCGAGGAUAGUACCAAAGACCGAGAUUCAGAUGAAGCUGUUUGUCUUACUGUCUGAAAUGACAGUUGGUCAGUAAGUGAUAGACGGAGCCCCAAAGAAUGGGAGUUGUGCAUUCAAAGAGCCCCUAUGUAACCAAGUUGUAAAGCUACAGUAUUAAACAGGAAAUGGCCUCUCAUAUUUAGAACAAUCAUGUACAUAAUAUCUUUCAUCUGUUGUCAGUAGUUUACAGAGCCAUGUGGAAUAUUUAUAUUUUAUUUUUGGAUGUUUGCUCAGUGUUUAGUUUGUCAACCAUACUAUCCUUCCAAAGAAGCCUCAAGGGAACAUGUUUAUGUACAACAUGCCAAAAAGACCCACCCAAAUGCAAAUAAUUCCUUCCACAACACCAAUAGAUAAACAAACAAAAGUAAAAUAAGUAAAUGAUGAUAAAAGUAUUUCCUCUUUGUUUUAAAUUCUUGGAAGAUGUUGCAGUUCUAUCAUCUGUGUAUUUAAAAUAUUGCUAGAUAAAGGUGAAGAUCAUUUAAUGACUAUCAUUGCUGCUCACAUUCAGACAAUAAAAAAUUAAAAGUAAAAAAGGGUUCCAAGUUUUUGAGUUUGUUCAAUGGGUUGAUGGCAUAUCUAUACUAUCAGCGUAUCUCGUUUUUAUAUCAGUUUAAUAAAUAGGACUUCUCCUUGUGAAAUUCUAGCUUGAUGAAGAUGUUGUGAUCCACCUCCUUCCCAUUCAUAUGCCAUUGUGCACCUGAGAGAGAAAUUGGAUUGGCAAAUCUUAUUCUGCAGAGAUAGCAGCAGGAUUACUUGAAAUUGAGAAAUCUCAAGAAACAAACUACCGUAUUUUUAAAACGAUUUUACUUUAAAAAGGCAAUAUAAAAUACAUAGCUACUAUGGUAUAUUGCUGUAUUCCAGGUUAGUCUGGAAUAUCAGUAUGCAAAGAGUUCUGUAGUACCUUGGAGAUGGAGAGAACAAAUUUAGCAGCAUAAGCUUUUGUAGACUAAGGAGUUUAUUACACGAAGCAAGCAAAUUGCAAUUGUAGCAGGACAAUAAUGUCUUUGCCUCAGAAUUAUCAAACAACUUGCUGUUCUCUGAGUGGGAGAUCAUUGGGGGCUCCUUUCACAAAAGGCCAUUAACAGAUGAUUUGUGUUUGCAAAAGACAUGCUUUCCAGGCUGUUUCCUACCAAAGGAGUAAUACAUAACGAGUGAUGUCAUGUGAUGCUGUUGUCAGGCUAUAACUGUGAAUUUCAUUAGUAUUUUAUGUAUUUCCUUCUGACCUUGCAUAUGAGGCUAUUUAUGCUAUUCUGUCAGCUUGUAAGGUGCUACAAGCAGCCUUAUCUUGUGGUAUAGUGCUUAGAGUGUAGGACUGUGAUCCAGAAUGGAUACACACUCAAAUAUCUACGGUUAUCUCGGGCCAGUCAUGUCAUCUUGGGGUUUCCAUGAGGAUUAAGUAGCAAUGGCAUCAAGAAAUCACUGAAGAAAAAGUGGGGUAUGAAAGACAGCUUACAAUGUUGUUAGAGGAGCUUGCCUUGAUGCAAAAGUCUAUGAAUCUACUUUAGCUGCCUUAAGAGUCCAGGAAUCUAACUCUCUUAAGGUGUCAGUGAAGCAGCCCUUUUCAAACAGGAAGUAGACCCACUUUGCUUUUGGGGACAUUAAUUCCUAGUGAAAACGGAACCCUUUUUCAGCCUGUCCCUUUAGAGCAGGGGUCCCCAAACCUUUUAAACAGAGGGCCAGGUCACAGUCCCUCAGACUGUUGGAGGGCCGGAUUAUAAUUUGAAAAAAAAAAGGAAUGAAUUCCUAUGCAUGCUGCACAUGUCUUAUUUGUAGUGCAAAAACACUUUAAAACAAUACAAUAAUUAAAAUGAAGAACAAUUUUAACAAAUAUAAACGUAUUAGCAUUUCAAUGAGAAUUGUGGGCCAGAUUUUGGCUGAUGAUAGGAUUGUUGUUGUUGUUGUUAUUGUGUGCUUUCGAGUCAUUUCAGACUUAGGUUGACCCUGAGUGAGGGCUGGGUAAAUGACCUUGGAGGGCUGUAUCUGGCUCCUGGGCCUUAGUUUGGGGACCCCUGCUUUAGAGUAUACAUUCCAGUUGAAAUACACAUUGAUUUUGAAGGAACUAGCAACCAAAAUUGGGUUCUUAUGACUCAAAUUAUUCAUAUCAUAUGAUUAAUGAUUAAUAUUUGCUCCUUUCUCUCUUGAUAAUUUUUACUUGGCUCUAAUAUUAUCUUUUGGAAUCCGUUUGGAUCAAGUUUAGUAUUGUUUACCUGGGACUUAACUAUGUAUGUGUGUGCCUUCUGUUGUCUGUCGAUUUAUGAUGAUCCCAUGAAUAACAUGGGGGUUUCUCGGGAAAGGACUACUCAGAGUUGGUUUUGCCACUGACUUCCUUUGAAAUGUAGCCUGCAGCAUCAUAUACUAUGACUCUGGAGAUCAGGGUUUGGUUCCUCCUUUGGAUGAUCUCAGGCAAGUCACUCUCAGGCUCUUUCUACAUUGCCAUAUAAAAUCCAGAUUAUCUGCUUUUAACUGGAUUAUAUGCCAGUGUAGACUAAUAUAAUCCUGUUCAAAGCAGAUAAUGUGGACUAUCUGCUUUGAUAAUCUGGAUUAUAUGGCAGUGUAGAAGGAUCCACAGUCCCUGCAAAGGCAACCCCUCUCUGAAUAAAUCUUACCAAAAAACCCCUGUGACAUGUUUUCUUUAGGGUUGCCAUAAAUCCACAACAACCUCAAGGUAAACAAAAAAUUAGGAUAACAUUGGGGCAAUUUAACAUUUUAGAACAUGAUGUCUGUUAGAUACUUCUUGUGAGUUGAGAAUAUAGUUUCAUCACUUUAUAAACUAGUAUAAUGAUAUAACCUGCUUUACACAGGAUGCCAGUGUAAAGCAGGGCAACACUAGCACUGAGAAAGAAACAGAAGAAAUGCUUAAGACUUUAUAAUUAUACUUAAGGAUUUAUAAUUAUACAUUGUUAUUGUGUAGUACAGUAAAGAAAAUAGUGCCUACUAUCCACUUCCCUGGAAAAAUAAAAGAAAGGGAUGAUGCUUUCAUGAGGAAACCUGCUCCCACUUUAAACUGCUUCUGAAUUCAUAGAGAACUUUUUAGAAACAUAAAGUCAUUACCAUUCUAAUACAUAAAUGGGGGAUAUGAUGCAUAUCCCUCAUUUUAUUUUUAAAAAUAGGGUCCGGAUUGUUCUCUUAUACCUUUAAAUAAAUGCAUUUGCUUAUUAGGAACACUGGAUGUGAUUUAUAUAUAGAUAUAACAUGCACACCCUAUCGAAUUUACUUUCCAAAUACACUUUUUGAAUGGGAAAACAUGAAAAUUUUGAAGCAUGAAAGCAUAAUGUGGAAAAGAGUUGUAUGGAAAGUAUGAAUGGAUUCUCUGAGUGUAUGGUCUGACUAUCAAAUGUAUAUAGAUGUAAGAUAUGUCUGUAUACCUAAGAAAUACUGAAAAUUAGGACUCUGGCAAAUGCUUCUUACUCUGUAUUAGACUUCAAGCUUUAUCAAACCCUGGCAGUUUUGAGUGCCAAGUUCCCUGAUGUGAUGGUACUGUUUGCAUUGUAUUAAUGCUAUAUUAUUUUACCUGAAUGAAGAUUCAAACAAUAAACAUAUAUAUGUAUCAAGGGCA